GCCAGUAGUUGUCAAAGAAAUCUUCCGUUUAGUCAAGUGACGCCAUUGUGAGCCGUAACGACUUCUUUCUGUUGAAGGUUUAAUCUGGAUUUUCUUAAGCAAUCUUGAAAUAAAAUAUAAACAAAAAUGACGGACGCUGAUAUGCCCACUUUCAAAUGUGUCCUGGUUGGCGACGGUGGCACUGGCAAAACUACAUUCGUAAAACGACAUUUGACUGGUGAAUUUGAAAAAAGAUAUGUCGCCACACUAGGUGUCGAAGUGCAUCCCUUGGUGUUCCACACAAAUCGCGGUCCUAUAAGAUUUAACGUUUGGGAUACUGCUGGUCAAGAAAAGUUUGGAGGCCUAAGAGAUGGUUACUAUAUUCAAGGUCAAUGUGCUAUCAUAAUGUUUGAUGUAACCUCUCGUGUCACUUACAAAAAUGUACCAAACUGGCACAGGGACUUGGUACGUGUAUGUGAAGGCAUUCCAAUUGUGCUUUGUGGCAACAAAGUAGACAUUAAAGACAGAAAAGUCAAGGCAAAAACAAUUGUUUUCCACAGGAAAAAGAACCUUCAGUAUUAUGACAUCUCUGCUAAAUCAAACUACAAUUUUGAAAAGCCUUUCCUGUGGCUUGCAAGAAAAUUGAUUGGUGAUGGCAACUUAGAGUUUGUGGCUAUGCCUGCUCUGGUGCCACCAGAGGUUACAAUGGACCCACAACUGGUGAACCAAAUCGAAAAAGAUCUCAAGGAAGCUCAAGACACUGCUCUCCCAGAGGAGGAUGAAGACUUGUAAAAAUAAUGUAUACAACAAAAUUUCAGUGCCCUCUUAAUAAUAUGAUUGAUAUGUCAUACAUGUAUAUUUCUAAAUGCAAGUUCUCCAUUGACAUUGUAUUUAAUGCAGAGUAUUAUCUAAAUAAUCUUAAUUAACUUUCUUUGUUUAACAAUAAAGUAAAUGCUUAAAUACAACUUAAA